UACACAAUCUGCAGUUACUCAAUAAAACUUUGGAAAAUGUCACUUCAGACAUCAACUGUUCCUCUAAGAAUCCACAAGACAGAUUUAGGAAAAAGUUUGGGUCCUACUAGAGGACAACCUAGAGCUCAAGUUUCUUCUAGGGCUCUUUUAGGAGCUCACAAAAGUUUAGAGUCUGGAGUUGUUUUGCAAAACAGAAUUGAACCUGUAAAUGUUAGGAUGGAAAGAACUGUUGAAGAGCGUACUAAGUAUCCGGAUAGGAUCAAUCUAGAUAGACGAGCACUCCAUGGGAUUCCUCUUUUAGCGGAUGAGCCUGGAUUGAGAUUGUUGAGUCUCCAGCACAAUUUCAUCAAAAGAAUCCAAAAUCUGGAGCUGAUUUCUAGACUAGUAUUCUUGGAUCUUUACCACAACAGGUUGGAUCACAUUUCAGGAUUGGGCCCGUUAAAUAAUCUUCGAGUUCUGAUGUUAGGGAAAAAUAGAAUAAGACGCAUAGAAGGUCUAAUGAAUUGUUCACGAUUAUCUGUAUUGGAUUUGCAUGGAAACAGGAUUGGUACAAUUUCUGGGUUAGAAGCAUUAUGUGAGUUAAAGGUUUUGAAUUUGGCUGGAAAUCUGAUAAGGAAGAUUUCUGGGUUGGAAUCUCUGAAAAAUAUUGAAGAGUUGAACUUGAGAAGAAAUAGAAUACGAAAUACAAUUGGAAUAGAUGCUGUGCCUACCCUAACGAAACUAUACAUGUCAAAUAAUGAAAUACAGGGGUUGAGUUCCCUUGAACAGAUUGAAAAAUUGAUUAAUCUUGAAGCUAUUCAGAUGGAAGGGAACCCAGUGUGGUCCAAUCCUAAUUAUUCUUGUAAAUUGGUUGCAACUCUACCAUCACUUGUCAAACUGGACCAACAAGAUGUAACCCAGGAUAUGAGAAUUACUUCCUCCAAGUGGAAGCAGUCUCUGGAAACUACUUCACGAGAUCUUCAAGAACCGACUCUUCCAAUCGAGCCACAGCAUGAAAAAGAAGAAGCUCUCACAACGUUGGAACUUGAUAAAGUUCAGCGGAAAAAGGCAUCUAUAACCAAUGCAAUGCAAAGAUGGAAGAUUGUAAAAACAAAGACAUUUGUUCCUGAGGUCGGAAGCGAGGAGGAGGAUUUUGAAGAUUCAGGAGGAAUGAGAGUAAGGGUGUCACAACAAUCAAACAGGAGUUCAGAAGAAAACAGGAGUUCUGAGGAAAAUAGCAACCAUAAUGAAAACAGUUACUUUGAGAAAAAAAGAAAGUGUGAAGUACAGAUAAAGCUGGAUGCCGUUCCAACUCUUCAAGAUAGGAUCAGACAAAGAGGCAAAUAUAGAACAGGACGAACUUUAAGGAACUGUUUUUUAAAUAUAAAUAUAUAG